AUGAGGGGCAAAGGCUGGAAAGCGGCGUCCGCCCCGGGCGCGGGAGGGAUCGCUGGGAGCUGUCGAGGCCUCCUCGCCGCCGAGGUCAGUGUCUGGUUACCUCCAGGCCUCUUCUCCUCCAAGCACCGGAUUCCAGCGUAUUUUUGGCCACCGUCGAAGAGGGGAGGCCGGGCUGUUGCCGGGCGUCCCGCCGGGGAACCGGCAUCGGCGGCCACUGGGGACGGCGGCCCCCCGCCGGGGACCCCGGCUGGGCCGGCCCCUGGUGAGGGCGCCGUGGCGGGGAGCCGCUGGCCGACCUCCCUCCCUCCGCGGAGGAAGCCCUCGGAGGAAGCGGGGCAGCCAACAUCGGCCGCGAGCAGCCCGCGGCCGUGCCAGCUCAAGGCGUUGGGCCCCAGGGUGGUGCCGGCACCCAGGAAUGUGCCCCGGGCUGCCGGCGAGCUGCCCCUGUCCCGCAGGCUGGAGGAGGUGCCCUUGGAGGUGCUACGGCAGCGGGAAUCCAAGUGGCUGGAUAUGCUCAACAACUGGGACAAGUGGAUGGCAAAAAAACACAAGAAGAUCCGACUGCGGUGCCAGAAGGGGAUCCCACCCUCGCUGCGGGGCCGAGCCUGGCAGUACCUCUCCGGGAGCAAGGUCAAGCUUGAGCAGAACAUCGGCAAGUUUGACGAACUGGAUCUCCUCCCAGGGGACCCGAAGUGGCUGGAUGUGAUCGAGCGGGAUCUCCAUCGGCAGUUCCCCUUCCACGAGAUGUUCGUCUCGCGUGGAGGCCACGGGCAGCAGGACCUGUUUCGGGUGCUGAAGGCAUACACGCUGUACCGCCCGGAGGAGGGCUACUGCCAGGCCCAGGCCCCCAUCGCCGCUGUCCUGCUCAUGCACAUGCCGGCUGAGCAAGCAUUCUGGUGCCUGGUGCAGAUCUGUGAGAAGUACCUCCCCGGCUACUACAGCGAGAAGCUGGAGGCCAUUCAGCUGGAUGGGCAGAUCCUCUUCUCGCUGCUGCACAAGGUCUCACCCGUGGCCUACAAGCACCUGAGCAAGCAGAAGAUUGACCCCAUCCUCUACAUGACGGAGUGGUUCAUGUGCGCCUUCUCCCGCACGCUGCCCUGGAGCUCCGUCCUGCGUGUCUGGGACAUGUUCUUCUGUGAAGGGGUGAAGAUCAUCUUCCGCGUGGGCCUCGUGCUGCUCAAACACACCCUGGGCUCCUCGGACAAGCUCAAGUCCUGCCAGGGCCAGUACGAGACCAUGGAGAGGCUGAGGGCCCUCAGCCCCAAGAUCAUGCAGGAGACCUUCCUGGUGCAGGAGGUCAUCGAGCUGCCGGUGACGGAGCGUCAGAUCGAGCGGGAGCACCUGAUCCAGCUGAAGAAGUGGCGGGAGACGCACGGGGAGCUGCAGUGCAAGUCCCCCCCGCGCCUGCACGGUGCCAAGGCCAUCAGCGAGGCCGAGCCCCCCACCCGCAAGGCACUGGAGCCCGUCCCCUCCAUCAUCGUCCCCCCUGGGCCUGCCCCCGUGCCCAAGGCCCGCAAGAGCAAGGAGAAGAGCAGAGAAAAGGGCCUGGCCAGCCCUGCCAAUGGCCCCGGGGCGGAGGGCAAUGGGGCGCCCAGCUCGGCCCGGGAGCUGCUGCACCCCCAGGUCUCCCCCCACCACCAGUCCAAGGAGAGCCUGAGCUCCCGGGAGAGCGAGGACACAUACUUGUAG